AUGUACGGCGACAACGAUUACCGCACAACAUCUCCGGACACGGGCGCAGAGGACGAGAACGACAACCAGGGGCUAGCUUACAACGAUCCUUCCCCGGACAGCCGGGAUCAGUAUAUUCGAGAGCCACAAGACUACCGUCCCGAGCGUAAUGCACGCCCUUCUUCGCAGCCCCGUGCCUCGCGCACUCAGACGCGACCGCAGGCGCACCCUCAAGCCCAUCACAACGCAUCAUCCCAGCAGCAGCAGAUGCAGGACAAACUUCAGCACGCCGCCGUGCAUCAGUUGACGCAUGCGGCCGCAAACCAUUAUAGACAGGACUCCUCUGAUUCGGGAAACCAGUCGUCCCAGCAGGACCCCAACCAGGCAAACUAUCAGCAAGGCAACGACGCGUACCCCCAGCAGGGUAGUCAGGCCUACCAGCAACAGGGCGGCCAAGCCGCCGCGAACACAGCCAACGGCAGCAGCGGCUCCGACUUCACCAACUUCAUUGACAAAACCGGCGACAAGCUCGAGGAUCACGCGGAGGCGCACUACGAGAAGAAGCUGACGCAGAGCGCGUAUCGUGCGGAGGACGGGGUACUGGAGCAGACCGACCGCGUAUACGGGUGCAUGGAGAACGCGAUCGCCAGAUGGUGGAACUCGUUGUUCGAGAAGAAGGAACCGGAGCCGCAGCCUCACCAGCAGCACCACGCGGCGCCGCAGACCGCCCAGGUCUUGUCCGCUUCAGCUAUCUCUGUUUACCUCUGUCUUGUGCCCGGGCUGGUCUCGGGAGCGUUCGCGGGCGUGUCGGGUCGUUCAGGCCUAGUAGUGCGACGGGAUGCGAUGAUUUUGGCUUCGGUCGAAGAGGACACACGGGUUACGCUUGUUGACACCGCCCUUCCUGCCGUGGUCUCCGGCCCCGCUGCCUCAUCCACUGCGGUCCUGGCCUUCGCGUUGUCAAACGCUACAGCAUCCGAGGACCCCGCACAGGCAGCGCAGACAAACGAUACCGCGUCUACAGCGAAGACGCGCGCCGCCAUCGUCGCCGGCGCAGCUGCAGGAGGAGGCACCGCGCUUCUCAUCCUCCUCGUCGUUCUGGGCUAUUUCGCCACGACAUGGUGGCGGAGGUGGCAGGAAGAGAAGAUGCUGCGGGCGGUGACAUCCCCGCGUGCAGAGUACACCGUCGAUCCGGAAGAUGCCGCAGAGUGUUGGAGCGAGCGUUCGGGGACGCACAGGCUGUCUUCGCUGAUGGCCUACCAGCCCGAUUCGUUCCACGGCAGUGGCUGGAGCGACAUCUCGCACCACGCUGGCGUAUCCUCUGCAGCUGCUGGGCCCAGCCCUAGAACUCGAGCGGGAGGAGCAAACGCCUCUCGCGUCGACUUGCGCUACUGCUCGAUCCCCAAGUUCCACUUGCGGAGGCAAGGUCCGUUUGAUCGGCCCAGCGUAUUCGUCUAG